AUGAUGAUCUUCAACGAAACGUCGUCGUCGUCGUCAAAGGCAGAAGGAAAGAAAUGCGAGCAGCGACGAAAACAAGAAACAGAAGAACAGAAAUGGGAGAAGAAAGCGGCGUCUUUCGCGUUGGCGACGCUCGUGGCGACGUCGUUAGCGGUCGCGGAUUGCUCGGUGUUGAAUCAGCCUGCGGAGGCUUCCACUUUUGCGAAUGAAAUCACGCAAGUGGCUGGGAGAGGCGGCGGAGGUAUGAGAGGAGGAGGCGGAAGAUCGUACAGGUCUGCGCCGAGAGGUGGUGGGCAAUACAGACGAGGACCGCCGCCGCGCGCGGGUUACGGACCGACGGUGAUGCCAAUGCCAGUGCCGAUGUUUUCUCCGUUUGGGUUCGGUAUGCCGUUUGGUUUCGGGUACGGCAUGCCGUUUGGCUUCUUUGGUGGGGGCGGUUUCAUCUUUCAGCUGUUCAUGUUGGCGUUUGUCGUGAACGUGGUGAGUGGGUUCUUCAACGCCGCGGAUCAAUCUAGAUACGAUGAAUACGAAAGAGACGAGUGGGAAAGAGACCAGAACAAAUCCAUCGACGAGGAUGACUUUUCGGACGACUGGAGAAAGAGACGCUAA